AACGCUGUGAAAAGAACAAAAGAGGUCGAACUUCCGUCGUAGAAUGAUGACGGUGACCUCUCGCCAAAAUUGGAACAAUUGUAGGUGCGUUGGAUUGCUUAACAGGAUUGAGAGAGAUGAUCAGAACUGAGGUUUUCUUCUAAGAGUGAGGUGCCUUCGAGGCAUUCGCAACAUGUUGAACAUUCCAACUCAGUCGUUCCCUUUGCCGAGCUCCCAACAGCGAGUCGCCAAGCUCGGCCAUUCGGGGCGUGCCAAGGUUUCCUUGAAACCCGGUCACAGUAUAAUGGACUGGAUUCGGUUCUCCAAAAGUGCUAAAGAUCUAACCGGGUUGAGGGGGCGUCUGAUUGAAGUUACCCAAGAGGAAUUGCAGAAACACAAUACCAGGAAUGACUGCUGGACUUGUAUACGAGGUAUGGUGUAUAAUGUCACUCCCUACAUGGACUACCACCCUGGUGGAGAAGAUGAGCUGAUGAAAGCAGCAGGCAUAGAUGCCACUGACCUCUUUGAUCAGGUCCAUCGUUGGGUAAACUAUGAGUCCAUGUUGAAAGAGUGUCUGGUGGGCAGGAUGGCAACGAAGCCCACUCAACCGAUGAAAGCAAUUAACACUCCAACUCUACCAGUCUUCACCCCAUCUAACCAAGUGUCUCCUCUGGGCAUCAAAGACUCUCGACCUCGGUUUCACUGGUUCCAAACUGCAAAAACACUACACCUGGUUAUUGAUGCCCAAAGGAUGGUACCCAACAUGGAAUCAACCAUUGUUGAUCUUGAAGCUGGCAUACUACGUGUAGAAGUGCUCCUUGGAAAAAUGUCGUACAUGCUACAUUUACGUCUUUUGGAUAAUGUUGAUGGAGACAUUGCUGUUCACACUCCAUUCGCUGUGGGAAAGAUGCAAGUGACCAUCCACAAGCAGGCAGAAGGAAAAUGGUCAAGCUUAGGUCAGCCUUUGGAUUUCCAUGAUACAUUUUUAAGCAAAAAAGACAGAGUGAAGACAUCAAGUGGAGAAGGUCUUUUUUUUCGGGAUUGUGAGUUGGUCUCGAAGACUGAGGUGAACCAUAACACAUAUGUAUUUCAAUUACAACUUCCUCGUGGGACCAUCAUGGAUGUGCCUGUCGGGAGACACGUCUACCUCAAAUCCAUCAUUCAAGACUUAGAGGUCGUGCGACCGUACACCCCAAUUGACCAGAGUCUUUCAGUUGGGCCCAAUCCUCAAGAAAAAACAAACCUCUACUUUAUGAUCAAGGUUUAUUCUGAUGGAGUACUGACUCAACAUCUCAACAGCCUAUACAUUGGUGGUCAUGUAUCUGUUAGUGGACCGGAAGGUACCUUCAGUCUUUGCCCUCUUCAUGGUACCACAGGUCUCUACCUUUUAGCAGCUGGUACAGGCUUCACUCCAAUGUGUCGUCUCAUUAAACUGGUGCUACGGGAGAUAACCUCAAUCAGGAAAAUCCAGUUGCUGUUUUUUAACCGAUGUGAGCAUGACAUUGUGUGGCGAAAGGAGCUGGAGGAGCUAACUGCGAAUGAUGAAAGGUUCCAGGUGGAGCACAUCCUUUCUGAGCCAUCUGAAAACUGGACCGGCAGGAAGGGCCAUGUGGAUGAUGCAAUAAUCAAGGAUUUUCUCAGUAAGCCGGAGGGGUCGAAGUUCUAUGUUUGUGUCUGUGGCCCAACUCUCUUUACAGAGCAGACAAUCAGACUGGUGAAGCAGCAAGGCUUCAGUGAAGAGGAGUUCCAUGCCUUCCAGGGGUGAUGUGCUCUCCUGCAAAACUGCAGACUGUGGCAAUUGGCAAUUAAUUUGUACAUUUACAUUUGUAUGAGAAUAUUAUAUGCAUUAUGGAUGUGGUAAUAUCAACUCAUUUACUGCCAGCCAUUUUUCAAGAUCCACAGAGUAUUGUGUUCUCUGAUUUUCCAUCCAGCAUAUCUACCAAGAAAGAAUGCUCUCAAUUUUCAUCAGGGAAAAGUGUGAUAUGACUUUUUUUUUCUAAAACAAUCAGUUGCACAUAGAUUGGUUUCACUAAAUAGUAAUUUUCUCUCAAAAAGCAGUGAAAACUAGGUUUUUAUGAAAACACAAUGUAAAGCAUACUGUAACACUGACUGAUGUUAAAUGUUUAAACUUUACUGACUUGAACAUCUUAA